AUGUGCCAUCUGCCCCUGGAAGUGGAACAUAAAGCAUAUUGGGCCAUAAAGGGGAUGAAUAUGAAGGCGCUAGCCUGUGAAAAAGAAAGGAAGCUGCAACUACAAGAGCUGGAGGAACUAAGGCUGAAAGCAUUUGAUUCAGCAAUGUGGAAUAAGGAGAGAACAAAGCUCUGGCAUGACAGGAACCUCCAGGUCAAGGAACUGCGAGUUGGGCAGAAAGUACUUCUUUUUCAAUCUUGGCUCAAGCUAAUGCCUGGAAAGCUGAAAUCCAAGUGGAUAGACCCGUACACCAUCGCCGGCCUUCGAGCACAUGGAGCUGUGGAAAUCCAGGGAAGUGCUCCUAAUUCUGUUCCUUUUCUGGUCAAUUGUCAUCGGAUGAAAAUAUUUAGGGAUAAUUCGGAGUUGCAUGUAGUGGAGGAAGUGCCACUACAAGCACCCUUAAUUAUUGCCUAA